AUGGACGGUCAAAAUGAGCGCCCCCUCUCGGAAAGGACGCAAGAGUUCACUCGCUUGCCUGGCACCUCUGUUUAUCAUGAAAUGGCGGAGAAAAAUAUAUACGAGGUGCAGCAGAUUCUAGGGAAAAGGGACAUAAAGGGUUAUGUGGAGUAUUUCGUCAGAUGGAAAGGGUUCUCUUCGGACUGGGAUACUUGGGAGCCAGCUGAAAAUCUGUCCAACUGCAAGAAUCUCAUCACAGAGUAUGACAAGAAGCACAAAAACCAAGCAGUCAAGUUGGAAAGAAAUGAAAUGAGAAGAUGUGCCUUAAAGCUGGUGAAGAAAAGCAGACAGUCGAAGAGUUUGACCAAACUGGACAAGGAAACAAAAUGUAAACUUAUUCGGAAUGGACCUAUGCAGAUUAGUAAGCGUACAGAGAAAAAGAAAUCUGUGAUGAAGCAAGACAAAGCCUCAAAUCUUGGAUCGGGCAAAAAAGAUAUUCACGGAAGGCAUCUGACAAAAAAGGAGAAAACUGUGAACAGAUUUAUACACAGUAAGCUAUUCUCCAGUAAAAUAUCAUUCAGUAAUGAAACACUGACCACAAAGGACGUACCCAUUAUUCUUAAGAAAAAAUUUGGAAAAGGAUCUGUAAAACACAUUAAUGCCAGCAAUGCAAAUAAAGACAAGAAACCAAAGACUCUCUCGACAAAAUCAUUAGCCCAGAAAGCUCUUGAUCUUCAGGCUGUGAUAGACCAAGUUGCUAGGGGAAACCAUGAACUUUUAGAUGAUUCCUCAAGAAUUGUAUGUAAACAUAAAAGGGGUCUUGGAGACGAUUCUAAGUCUUCAUUGCCAUCAAAGAAACAGACUGAAAACAAGACUAAAGACAAAGAAAUUCUUAAGAAGGGUGUAAAAAGGAAACAGGACAAAGUGGACGGUUCUGAUGAUGACGAUGAUGAUGUCCUGUAUUCUGUGAAUGAUAUUGCUAGCUGUAAGCACAAAACAGAAGAGCUGAAACUUUCCAAUAAGACAGACGAUAGUCUUGAUAGUUCAGUUCCAAUAAAAAAGGCAAGCAAAAAUCUAGUGUCAAAGUUUUCAAAUGUAAACCCAAAGUUUACAAAUGACCUUGUAAAGGGUAAAACUGUGAAAAGAUUAUCAGGUGAUACGGCAGUGAAUCAAAAUCAUAAAAAGCCCAAGAAGCAGCUAAUUCUCUUGGGUGAAAUGAAGGCAAAGGAUUCUAGCAGCUCAGUACUACAUCCAGUUACUCCCGUAUCACUCUACACCUCGGUAAAACCUGUCAGUCCCGUGAGAGGACAGCCGCCAGCAGGGCAGCCCUUACCGGGUCCUUCCAUGAUGAAUGCUUACUUUGGAGAUUUUGGAUCGUAUAAGAUGCGAGCGCCUGUGAUGCCGAUGAGUCCGACUUCGAUCUCGUAUAAGGCUCUGUUGGACAAUCUGCCGCGCCAGCUACACCUGAAAAACAGUAAGAACAAGAAACAGGUGGAGCGUGAGCAGGAGGUGGUCGAGAGGAGGGUCAGCGUCCGGGCGAUGGAGUGUGCGUUCCGCUACAAGGAGAUCGUCGUCAAGAAGUGCCAGGGAUACACUCAGAUUUGGCUCAACACUCGCACUAAUCAGAAGAAUGCCAUUAAUCCACAGGUUGUUCAGGAGAUCAUCUCUGCACUGAAUUCGGCCAAGUAUGAUGACAGCAAGCUGGUUAUGUUCAGUAGUAUUGGCAACGUCUUCUGCUCCGGUGUCGAUCUUAACUUCUUCAAAUCAGCUGACCGCAAGGUCACAGCUCGACAGAUGGCAGAUGCUGUCAGAAAUUUGACCCAGACAUUCAUCAAGUUUCCCAAGCCGAUUGUCGCCACGGUGACGGGAGCUGCCAUUGGUCUGGGUCUGGCCCUGCUGCCUCUGUGUGACGUGGUGUACGCCAGCGACAAGGCUCUGUUCCAUCUCCCAUACACACAGCUGAGUCAGACGCCGGAGGGAUGCGUCUCCUACACACUGCCGCUUGCUGUUGGACCAGCUAUGAGCAGUGAGCUGCUGUUUGCGGGUCGGAAGCUCACCGCACUGGAAGCUCAACAGCUGGGUCUCGUGUCGCAGGUGUUCUGGCCCACCAGUCUGAUGCAGGAGGUCAUACCACGGGUCCAGUACAUGGCCAUGCACUCGGCUAAGGCUAUGGAGGCAACUAAACUGCUGGUUCGCAGUCACCAGCGGACAAAACUAGAGCUGACCAAUGAGAUUGAGAGCAACCUGCUGCUGGAGCGGUGGUCGAACGGGGAGUGUCAGCAAGCGAUCGAAGUGUACCUCAGCGAUGAUAAAAACAUUCUUAUAUGAGCUGUGAUCACAGGUUUCAUAAACUCAUUAGUAAAUUAUUGACAGGGUUUUUUUUUGGGGGGGGGGGGUUUCUUUCUGUCUCCCUCUUUCCAGUAUCAUCUUUUAAGUUGUUGAAGUUAAUGAUUGUAUGGUGUGGUGCUAUCAAUUGCUAAUUGUUAUUUCACUCAUUGUGUAAUAGAAUUAAUACAUUAUAUACAGACUUGUUUCAGAGUAUUGCAAUAGUUGUACAGAUUCCUCCUUUGCAUCGGUGAAGAUGCAUUUAAUUUUUGCAAUUACAAUAGUUUAACACCCAAUAGCCAAUGUAUUUUUCGUGUUGGGGUGUUAAACAUUCAUUCAUUCUGUGAAGAUGUUUUAUCGUCAUUGUGCAAAAAUAUAAGCAUGAUUCAUUAAACCUUUUUUUUUUUUUUUAAACUCAUCUGCUUGCAGUAAACAGAUGUAUUUUUUUUAUUAAUAAUUAAUAUUUUUUUAUAUAUCUAUACCUGUUGUCUUCAGCAGACUUUGUGAGUGAGUGACCCUCAUGUAUGCAAAUGUUUGAUGAGGUCAGUGAUUGUCACUGGUAGAUUAAGAAGUUAAUUUAUAUAUAAUCGAAAUGAUGUAAAACAUUAAAUGCCACUUUUUGUCUUCAGUAUGGCAGCUUCUCCAAGUGUUUUUUUUAGCAAAUAUUUAAAUAUUUCUCAAACUUAGUUUGGUAUUAAAUAACAUGUCAUGUGCUUUUAUUUAUAUAAUAUUUUGCAAGUGAAAAAAAAAAAUGAAUGCCAGAUGAAAACUGUAUGUGCAGUCAUACAUGUAGAUAUAUUUUUCUCGAUUGCCUAAAACCUUGUACUAUAUUGGAUGAUUUCGAUGAACAGUAAAACCAUCACUUAAAGUCUCUAGUUACCAUAUUAUAACCCAUGUGUAUGAAUGGAGAUUGUCCAAAGUAUACAUGUGCGUUUGUGGAUUUGCAUUGUAAGGGUCGUCUCAGAAAUCUCUAUAUGAAGAAUGUUUGGUUGAGGGCAGGAGUGUUUUAUUUGAUCUUGUGUUUGUAGUUCAAAGUUUAGUGUGUGUAAUAGAUUGAUAAUAGAUUAAUCAUGUAUGGUUUUUUUUAUAAAAUAUACUAAAGUAGACAUUAUUAUAUUUUCUUCAAGUGUUAAAAUUAACACUUGAAAUAAAAUAUUGUUUUAUUGUUUCAUCUAUGGGUGUUUAUCACAAUUCAUGUGAAAAGAAUUAAUUAAAAAAUUAAUUAAACAUUUUUAAUUAAAAUGCUAUUAUGUUUUGCUAAAUGUUAAAGUUUUACAUUUAGCUCCAUUUCUAACAAACUGUAAGUCCAAGAUGGAUGAAACAUGGUCUAUAAUUGCACCUAUGGGUGUUCAACACAAUGCACAUUAAAAGAAUAAAAAACUUAUUAAUUAAACAUUUUUAAUUAAAAUGCUUUUAUGUUUUGCUAAAUGUUAAAGUUUUGCAUUUAGCUGCAUUUCACAUAAAAUUUAAGUCCAAGAUGGAUGAAACUUGGUUUAUAGUUGCACCUAUGGGUGUUCAUCACUGCAUGUGAAAAGAAUAAAAAAUUAAUUUUUUUUUUUUUUUUAAAUGAAGAAACUUUACGUUUAGCUAAAUGUUAACAAUUUGCAUUUAGCUCCAUUUCUCACAACGUGUAAGUCAUAGAUCAAUAAAACUUGGUUUAUUGUUUGUAUGAAUUGUCACCACAAUGCAUGCGGAAAUAAUUAAAAAUUAAGUAAUCAAAUUGUUUUCAUUAAAAUACUUUUGAUUUAGCUGAAUGUUAAAAGUUUUGCAUUUAGCUCCAUUUCUAACAAAGAUGGAUGAAACUUGGUUUAUAGUUGCACCUAUGGAUUUUCAUCACAAUGCAUGUGAAAGAAUAAAAACUUAAUUAAUUAAAAAAAAUUAAUUAAAAUAAUUUUGUGUUAC